AAUACUUCCCACCAGUCAUGCUCUUUCAUACGGAAAUAAAACUAUUUAUGCAUCUUUCAAAACCCGUUAAUAUAUUUCUAAUAGUAUGUAACAGUUGUUUUGAAGAGAUACAGAUCUUAAAAUUAGACACCCUUUGAUCAAAAUGGAAAGCAAUUGUAGUGGAAAUAAUAUAGAUGAUCGUUGUACCUAUCCUGAUGGUCAGCAGAGAUCUUUAUUUCAGAAGAUGAUCGCAUUUUUUACAUUAACAAAGAUUUAUAUUCAUCCAGAUGUCAAACUAACCCAAGGAGGGGAAAGUUUCGACUUUUUAUUAUAUAAAGAUAGCGAGGGACAAUCGCAUAUAGAAAUGAAUUUUCCAGUAAAAGGAGUUCUAAUAAAUUGUACUACAACAAAAGACAGAACUGAAUUUAAAGUAUUACUUGGCGGUAUUUCAUCUGAGACAGGAAACAACGAAAACACAGAGAACAGAAUUUUCAACAGCAAAUCAGAUCUACAACAUGUACAAUCUUCAAUAAACAUAGAUGAUUCCAAUUUUCAAAAUUCGAAGAUACCUCCUUGGUUGGACAACACGUUCAGCGAUACAGAAAAUGGCAACUCGAAUGAAGAUCACCUUGGUGAAAAUAAGACGCUAUAUCAUCGAGGUUUCCCAGUAGAAUUGGUAUCAUACAGCACAAGAAAAUUUCAUUUAAAUGACAAAUCGUCUUUCUUAGAAUCGGUUGCGUUUAGAAAGGAAAAUAGAUCUAGGCAAAGAGAAACAUUAAUUCUGUUUCGCCUGAAAGGUAUGCUGUAUUCUCCUUCUGCUCUGAUGCAUUUGGAUAUGGAGGAUAUUGAAGUUACAAAGUCUAUCGAUGUAUUGUGUAUUUCCGAAACAGAAAGUGAGCUCAGAGUGGAAGUUUUAACAGGUCUCAAUAGAUAUACGGCCUUCGACUUCGCAAAACAACUAAAGUUUCUUCACAAUGGCCAAAGGGUUAGGAAGUUGAAAGAUCUAAUUCUUUGUUUAAAAUUAAGGGAUCCGAAAAAAAAAGAUCCUGCAUUUCUUGAACGUGUCAAAACGGAGAACGAGGGAUACAUUAAAACAUGUUACAGUCUUAAUCAAGAUUUAUAUGGUAACCAAAGUCAAACGAGCAAAACUAAGGACAACGAAGAUACCAUAGCCGAGAAUAUCAAGAGACUACAACAAGAGAUGAACAAGUUUCAGCAGGAUAUCAAUUUCAACAUGGGCGCAACCAAAGACAACAUUGUUGGGAAAAAUUAUAAUGCUAAAUGUUUCACUGACAGUAAGUGGACUGACCGCACACAGAUGGGAAAUAACAAAGUAAGAACACAAUCAGACCGUCCAACAUGGAAAGUAUGUUUACAAAAUCGGGAAGAUGAAACGAACGGGGUUGUAAGUGAAUGUCUAGGAGAUCCUAUGAUAAGUCAGGCAAUGUAUGAGUUCUUUGGACAAUAUAUUGACUGUGGAUACAAAGGUUCAAUUGAAAGACCACACAUACCUUGGCCAAGUAUGCAUCCUUUCUUGCCGUACAAUUGCCAUUAUCAAGACAACAGAGGAUCUUAAUUUUAUUUUUCGUGGGUUGUUACAUGAACAAUGAAAAAAUGUAACGAAUACAUAUAUUCUGCUUACUAUAAAAAGUUCAAUAAGAACACGUCUAUCAACUGUAGAAGUGGUCCUCCAAAUGUUAUAUACAAUUCAACAAAUUACAAUAGUGCCAAUGAAUAUGAGUUACAAUGGCGAAUGUAAUGCAUUUCUGAAUGUAUAUAGACUUAGUAUCUAAAAUAAAUAAUAAUUAUACAUAGACUUUGUAUAUUCGAUAUGCAUACAAUACAGCACCAGAUAAUAGUUUACCAAAAUUACUGGAAUGCGCUUUGUUUUUGAAACCUUGGGAAUAAUAAGUAUCCAAAAUUUGGAAAAAAAUACACUCAUGUCAUCAAAUCGGUUAAUUGUAUUUUAGAAUGGUGACAAAAGAAAACAAGCACACAAAAAAUAUUCUGCGGACAUACAGUCAAGAAAAAUGACGACUGUUUACUCUGCUAUCAUCAAUGAGUUGUAUAGUUUUGUGUCAAUUUAUAACAGUAACUCGUAUAACGUUUUUUAUGAACGGCGUGAAAAGCAUCAGGGCGAUGUUGCAUUCAAACUAUACUGCGAUGUUAUUUAGUCAAAAAAAGAAAAACCUCCAACAUUUAGAACCCUUAUUUCUGCUCUUGGCAAAAAAUAGGCAGAUGGAUUCUAUAUUAUUUAGAGCUAAACGAUUGAAUGCUACUUCGACAGCUGUAUUUCAAAAUUUCGAGAAAAAAAUUAACGAUACCAUUUAAGAGGUUUUUCUCCCUGAUAGUUACAGUCCUUGGAUGGUGUAAACUUCCCACUAACACCAUACACCAUUACAACAUUCACCAUACACCAUUACACCAUACAACCUGUGCCAUUACACCAUACUCGUUACACCUUUGCACCAUACACCUUACACAUUACACCAUAAUGCAUUUUAAUUUCAAAGAAAGCGUGCGACUACAAAAUUAAAUAUUUAUUUUAAAAAACGAAUUUUGAUUACAAUAUUGUAAAUUAAUGUAUAAAAUAAAAAAUCAGUUCUUAUCAAUAUUUUGCAGAGUUUUAAAUGUCGUACACCAUUCAUUCACACCAUUCCCAAUCGCACGUUACACCAUUACACCAUUCCCCUUCUACCAUUGCACCAUAUGCCAUACAUCAUUACACCAUACACGUUUUUUGGGAAGUUUAUACCAUCCAAGGGCUGUAGCAAGAAAUCACUUAUACAUGUUACAUGUUAUAAUAGAAAAACAAAGGAUAUGGGGUAUUCAUCCAUGAAAAAAAUCACUACAUGCACAGCAAAAAAAAAAAAAAAAAAAAAAAAAAAAAACUCACAAAAAGCAAAGGAACAGCGCUUUUGUUGCUGUUCUACAUCUCAAAAUCACAGUGAGGCCUUCAACACGAAGCCAAACAUUUUUUUUAUACAUAUCUGUUAUUUUCAAAUACACAGAUGAUAAGUAGGACUUCACCAUUUAAGUCGAGUCGAAACUCCUCCAAAUCGUUAAGUAGCAUCUGAAUUGAACCUUCAAGAUUUUUAGAAAUUAAUAUACUAUAUUGGAAUGCUCAUUAUUAAAAGCGGCACGGUGAUCUAUUAUCGUUGCUUAAAUCCGCGUCAUUUGGUCUCUGGUGGGUAAUUUUUAUAUUGGAAAUCAUACCAAAACUCUUUUUGUUAUUAUUAUUUGUUCUUUUUGUUGUUAAUUAGGCUGUUGGGGUGACUGGAUUUGUUUUCUUUCACCUUGUUGUUUUUAUAACUUCAUUUGUUUCUUCUCGGAUUUUUAAUGCAUCUUGAAAUGUAAGUUGAUAUUCAAAACUGAAUAAAGUAUUUUACAGAAAUUA